GCAUUUCGCAAACUACUGCAGCGCCGUCGAACGAAGCUCCCCGGCACCCGUAGUUUGAUGACGUUGCCGGCUAAACAUGGUGGAUGGAGCACAAUUCAAAAACACGGCAAAAGUGUUUGCGGAACAGAUUAACAAACCGUGAAUAUAAACUAUCAGACUGGCUGCUCCAAGACACGAAUCAUCUACGGAGCAGUUAACACAACAAUGUACAGCAGAGGUUGCGCUAUGUGUGUAGUUUUAGUGAGCGAUGUCACAGCCACAUGGCUCUGAGUUCACUGAGAUGUGGAGGAAUAUUUGCAAACUGAGCAGCAACAACACAACGGACAAGAAAACAGGACAGCAAAUACAUGGCACACCAACAACAGCCAUGUGUAAAGAUCUGCAGAGCCCAAAGCGGAUAGGCUUCAGCAGAUACCCCGGCUUGAAUAAUGGGGAUUCUCCAGGUGAUGGAGAACCAUCACAGGACAUCUUCUGGGACUCUGCGUCGCCCACAGCUGGUACUGGGCCCGGACACGUGAACACAAGAGUUGUGGAAAUAUCCGAUAUUGUCAACCGUAUUGCUCCAAAGGAUGUGAAGCGGAAUGAGAAUGAUUCUCCUCUGGUGCAGUGGAUAGGUGACGGUGCCUUCCACCGCACACCGGAAACACCAACGCCAAGCGUGAGAAAGAGGUCCUCAAGGAAGAAUAGCGUGGACGACCUCAAGAAACUAGCCAGGCAGUUUGAUGACAACAUGAAGCAGACAUCAGUCCUUAGUAAUGUGAAGGACCCAUCGGAUCAGGUGGAGGCCGAGCUGCACGCUCUAUUUGACUCCUCCACCCAACAAAUCAGCGGCUUCCUGAGCCAGGGCUCGUCAACAUCGGCCCGCGCGCAGGAAACAGCUGCACAUCCUGCUGGAGCAAAGGCAUCUUGUAAUGACGACUGGGAGGACGACGACCUCCUUGACUCCUUUGUGCUGUCUAUUCCUAUUCCUGACAAAAUCACUAAAUAUCAGAAGGGUGGUGUAGACUCUGUUAAAGACAUUGCAGACAGCUCAUGGGAUGAUGGGGACGAUGACGCGCUGCUCUACCAGGUAUGUGACACUGUGGAGAAGAUCUCUAACAGUCAGCCACAGCAAGCAAGCACCAGCAACUGCCAAGCAAAGCAAGAUAUUUCUGUAGACAGGCAGAGAAAAACCCCUGUGCCAAUCGACACAUCCCGGCUCAUGGUCGCCGGUGCCAGUGCUAAUAUUCGGUCGCCACGUGUUUUUGUUCGCUCUAACUCAUUACCGGAGACUAGCAGUAAAACUGUGAACUACCAAGGGUGGAACAUUCCCAUAAAGGGUGCCAGCAACAGAUCACAGAUGUCUCAGAGCCACCCGGGAAGCCGUGGUAGUCUGGGCACAUUUAACCAGGGCAGGGAUUCUUCUGGAACUUUCCAGGCCGGGAAUGUGGACAUGAAGCCGCACUCGGUGUCAGCCGGGACAUCGAAGAGCUCCAAGUUCCACCACACGGCCUUCAAGAGAAACGUGUCUGACUCGGCAGCUGUAAGCAGCAAAGUUUUUGUCACAAGCCAGAUGACAGCAAAGUGCUCUGCAGCCGAGAUCGAGAGGAAGAAGCAGGAGGCGUUAGCCAGGCGACGACAGCGAAUGCAGAACGCCCCGAAACCGUAGAGGAGCUUCGUCCUGAUUAUUCUAACACUACAAUAAGCCUUUACAAAACAAAUCAUUCCAUAUCAGAGGCUCAGACACGUCCUUCUCACCAAU